AUGUCCGCCGGCGAGCGCAAACCGCCCCCAUUACUAGGCCGCUCCAUCAGAGGCACCGCCCCGCGCCUCGCCGACCUCGCCUCGACGCCCGAGCUGCCGCGGACGCCCCUCUCGCGCUCCACGUCGUCGCAGCUGUACGGCUCACCGGGCGCCGGCUUCCGCACCGAGGACGAGUGUGUCGUCGUCGAGCUGGGCGCGCGUUUCGUGCGCGGCGGCUUCCCCGGCGAGAGCACCCCGCGGUGCACGCUGCCCUUUGGCCCCGAGCAGCAGCGCAGGGUGGGCGACUACCGCCAGUGGGAGCCCGCCCACGCCCACAGGAGACACACGCCCAGGAAGGGCGAGGCGUGGGGGCAGGAGCACGAGCUGUACCGCCUGGACCUGACGGGCCUGGACCUGGGCCUGGUCGAGGACCGCUUCGAGAGGGCCAUGCGAGAGGCCUACACAAAGUACUUCCUGCUCGACUCCAAGCCGCGCCGCGUGCUGCUCGCCCUGCCCCCGCGCAUGCCCCACGCCCUGAUGUCGACGCUGCUCGACGUCCUGUUCUCCGCCUUCCACGCCCCGACCGUCACCCUCAUGUCCAGCCCCGUCCUGUCCACCGUCGCGGCCGGCCUGCGCUCCGCCCUGGUCGUCGACAUUGGCUGGGCCGAGACGCUCGUCACCGCCGUCUGCGAGUACCGCGAGGUGCACGAGCGCCGCUCCAUCCGCGCAGGCAAGCUCCUCAGCGAGGACAUGGCCGCCCUGCUCAACGCCGAGCUGGACAACGACGCCGCCCCCGGCGCCCCGCGCGCAUCCGUCUCCUUCGAAGAGGCAGACGAAGUCCUCACCCGCGUCGCCUGGUGCAAACCCUACUCCCGCUCCAACCGCCGCACCGUCUACUUCCCCGCCCGCGAAGCCCCCGUGCUGGAAGAAUUCGAAGACGCCAUCGAAACAGCACCUCCCACCGUCACCAUCCCUUUCCCAAAACACACACCACCAACCCACCUCAAGCUCCCCUUCGCCCUCCUCGCCAAACCCGUCGACCGCGCCCUCUUCGUCCCAGACUCCCCCCUCACCGCCUUCGACGACCACGACCUGCCCCUCCACCACCUCAUCCACCGCACCCUGAUCCACCUCCCCAUCGACGUCCGCCGCCUCUGCAUGUCCCGCAUAGUAAUCACAGGCGGCGUAUCCCACCUCCCCGGCCUAAAAACCCGCAUCCUACAAGAAGUAGACGCCCUCCUACAAACCAAAGGCUGGGACCCCGUCUCAAACUACGGAAGCGCCAGCGCCCACCACGAAGAGAAACUCCGCGCCCACCUCGAAAAACGACACCGCGAAGCAGAAGUCGACGUAAACGUAAAUCCAGACCAGGCCGCCCACCUCCCCCACGACGACGCCCCCUUCGCAGAUAAACUCGCCGCCCUCGCUCUCAACCCCCCCGAGGGUGGUUCCCUCCGCGCAGUAGAGUCCCUGGGCGCGUGGGCGGGCGCGAGUCUCGUCGCCCAGCAGCGGAUAAGAGGGAUCGUUGAGGUUGAGCGUGAGCGCUUUCUUAAAGAGGGGUUGCAUGGGGCGUCGCGCGAGAGGGAGGUUUCGGUUGUGCCGCAGCGGCAGAGUGUUGGGCCGGGGGUGGCGAGGGGGGCGGGGGAGCGCGCGAGUUGGACUUUGGGUGUUUGGGCGUGA